GACGUCAUUAGCAACAACUCAUACAAGGCUCAAGUCGCGCUUCAUGAAGUAAUUCUUCCAGAAUUGGUACUGAACGUGCUGAAUCUUCGACACAGUGCGUCCAUCACGCAUUUACUUGAGUUCUAUACGUUUCAUUCAAUGUUCACGCCCUGGAUAAAUUCGUCUGGUGAACGUUGAAGCUUCUCGGGCUAGCUUGGCUUAGCUUAUACUUCGCCUGCUAGCUGCUAACAAAAGAGACGCGUUCUGUUGCCAGCACAUCCCUAAGUGUUAAACUUGACACUUAACUUAAGUGGCAAGUGUCAAGUUUUUGUCAUCGCCGUGGGACAAUGAGUGCAAAGAGCGUGAGGAAAGCAGACGAGAAGGAACUUGGUCGAACAAAAAAGGACCACGAAGGACGCGUGGACGCGGUUUCCAACAAGCCUCAGGAUGAACCGCACAGAGCAGACGUCAGUGAAGAAUGUCUUCAUCCUGAGCGCCAGGAGCUGGACCCCCCCAACAUUAAAAAGCAAGAGCAGGAGGCCGUUAUCACCAAAUUUCCAUUGACUGCCAAGGUGAAGAGUCAAGAUGACGGCAAAGAAGAUGAUGGAAACCAAUGUGAAGAGUCACAAGCAGACAGCCUCUUCGCGCCGCUAUCAGAUAGUGACGACAUAAUGUCACACUCUCCUGCCACUGAGGAUGAGGAGGGUGAUGAUGAAGAACAGUCUAAAAGUGAUAUAAAAUCGCGCACCGACAACAAACACGUGAAAUGUUCUCAGUGUGACAAAACGUUUUUCAACAAGUCAUCGUUGAAAAGACACACAAGAACACACACUGGGGAGAAACCUUUUCCCUGCUCAGUUUGUGGUAAAACAUUCUCGAUAAAGGAACAUUUAAGAACACACACAAGAACACACACCGGUGAAAAACCUUUUGCGUGUUCAUUAUGUAGUCUUAGAUUUGCUCAAAAGGUUACUUUAACAAGUCACAUGAGAACACACACCGGGGAGAAACCUUUUGCCUGUUCAAUGUGUGGUCAAAGAUUCUCUGGAAAGAGACAUUUAAUAGCACACACAAGAAGACACACUGGGGAGAAACCGUUUGUCUGCUCGGUUUGUGGUAAAGGAUUUUCUGUAAAUGGACAUUUAAGAUCACACACAAGAACACACACUGGGGAAAAACCUUUUGCAUGUGCAAUAUGUGGCCAGAGAUUCACUCAAAAGAUUAGUUUGACAAAUCACACAAGAACACACACUGGAGAGAAACCUUAUGUCUGCUCAUUUUGUGGGAAAGCAUUCUCGACAAAGGGACAUUUAAGAACACAUGAAAGAACACACACUGGAGAGAAACCUUUUGUCUGUUUACUUUGUGGUAAAGCAUUCUCUACAAACGGACAUUUAAGAAUUCACACCAGAACACACACCGGAGAAAAACCUUUUGACUGUUCAGUUUGCACCUUAAGUUUCCGUGAUCAUUCAGGGUUGGCUAAACACAUGAGAUCACACAAUGAGUAAAAAAAAAAGGUUUAAGAUGCACACACAGAAGAAUACACACCGUCGAGGGACUGUUUGAGGUAACUUGAUCAACUUUGACCUGCUUGGAAGCUUGUCAAGUUUGGUUGUUGUAAACUGUAAAAGUGUAUGUGUUCCUAAAUAAAA